GUCUCAUCAUCUUCGACUCCUCAACAUCGUCACACACCAUCUGUAACACAUUGGAGCUGUGGCGCAAAGAACCUUCGACCGCCCUCCCCACGCCCACGACCCAUCGCCGCCGGUACAACUACGCACCUCGCUCUUCCUAAUCCUCCGUCACCCACACACCAACUACCUCUAUCACACGACUACUCGCACCUCAUCUCCCUAUCCUUCCCAGUCGCUUCAUUCUUCAACCCCCUCUUGUUCUUUGACUUUGCCCCGUUAAGCUUGGCCUCAAAGUACUACUCCCCCUCCACUUCACUUUUAUCUACAUCCAUCCGACCUCCUCUCUUCUCCAACAUCGCGUAUCAGGAGCAUCGUCGUUUAAUCACUUUCCCCGCCAACCUAGCCGCAUCGCGGUCACAUCCGCGAGAAUGUCCAACUAUGGCCAAGGCUUCCAGAAUGGCUUCGACCCUCUUCUUUACAGCAACAUGGGUGGCGCCGGUGGUGUAGGCAAUGUGUCCAAUACCGCCAACACCAUGAACAACGUUGGUGGCAUGAACCUUGGCGACCAGACCAAGGUCGGACAAAACCAGCCCUUCAAUCUAGGCAACAUUGGUACCAUGGGCUCCAACGGACUCGGCGGCAACAUGGCAGCAGCCAACGUCGCUGGCAACAACUCGUUGCCACCAACUUGGCUCAGCCAGUAUGCCUCCCUCCAGUCGCAGGCUAGCCAGCAAAUCAACCCCAACGCCCAAGGUGGGACAGGUCAAGGCCUGAACGCCCAGAACCUUGGCAGCAUGCUCAAUGGCAAUGAUGGCCCACAGCGUCAGAUUGAUCUCCUCCGCUCUAUGCAGGCGAAUCGUUUGACAAACAAUAGUGGUAUUCCCAAUGCCGCUUCACAACAGGCCAACAACAUGUUGGCUCAACAGAUCUUCGCCCAGCGUCAGCAGCAAGCAUCCGCAGCUCAGCAGCAGCCACAAAAUGCCGUCGCUGGCCAGCAGCAACGGCCACAGCUUGGCGGGCAGCAGGCGAACUUGCAGAACAAGGAUCUUUCGGCCAUGGGUGGUAAUAUCAUGAGCCAGUACGCGAACAUGAUGGGCAAGCCAAACCAGACGUCACCCGAGGUCUCAAUGCAGCAGCGAAUUCGCACGGCCCAGCUCGCUCAUAACCAAACUACGAGCAACAACGUUGCAGGUGGCAAUCCGUCAAUGGCCGGGAUCGAUCUGCAGAACAUUGGCACACCCGUGAUGGGCAGCGCUGGUCUCCAAUCGCAGCAGCAGCCUCAGCCUCAGUCCCAAUCCCAGCAGAUGCCGCCCCAACAGCCACCACAGCAACAGCAGCAGCAGCAGCAGCAACAGCAACAGCCGACGCAGCUCCAGCAGCAGCAGCUUCAACAGCAGCUUGGUCAGCCUAGCGGGCAGCAGGGCAAUCCGCUCGCGAAUAUCCAACUUCCACCCGGCAUGGAUCGAGAGGCCCUCAUGAAGCGACUGGCCAUGGCUCGUCAACAGGGCUUCAGCAUUGGCGGUAUCACGCAGCAGCAACUCCAGCAGCUCGCCAUGGGUCGUUUACCUGCAAACCGGCCACCAGCUGCUGGCGGCAUGGACUUUGCCCGGCUCCAGCAGAUGAAAGCAGCACCUCCCGGCUCUGUGCCCAAUGGUCUUCCGCCUGCGAUCCAGCAGCAGUUGCUGCAGAUGUCGCAGAACCAUCACUCUGCGCCCAACAGCGAUACGACUUCCCACCUCCCCGGCCAAAGUGGGCAGAACCCCAAUCAGGUUAAUCCGCCCAACCAGAUCAAUCAGAACCAAGCGAGCCAGACGCAGCAGAAGCCGCAAAACCAGAACCAGAGCCAGCCCAGCUCUUUGCCGCAGCAGCAGUCCACACCCAAUCUUUCCGGCUCUCAUCAGUCCCAGCAACAGUCCGGGACGGUCGGCAAUGCGCCAGUGCCAACGGCUGUCAAUCCAGGUGGAUCGCAAGCGCCGUGGCAGACCAACCCUAUCCGCAGCCCAGCUAACAUGCUGCCUGAGGAGGAUUGGCUUCGUGUGUUCCGCACGGUGAACCAAAACCCCACCCUCAACUACCCCACGGUCGGCGGGAAGCAACUUAGCCUCUACAAGCUAUUCACUAUCGUGUUUGCGUAUAACGGCUAUCGUUUCCUCGAUUCGCAGCCGUUGGAGAAGGGAUGGGGCAUGAUGGCUCAUCUGCUCGGCUAUCCGAACGGCAACGCUCCAGGACUGAAUGGCACUGAUUCCAUCACCAAGCAGAUCCGCGAUAUCUACCAUCAGCUCCUUGCUCGAUUGGAAGAGUUGUGGGUUAGCAAUCUCCUGCAGCAGCAGCGGGCGGCUGCGGCCAAGAACCAGGCUGGCCAGCAACCGGGUCCGUCUGGCCCGACCAACCAGCAGCAGCAGCUGCAGCAACAACAACAACAGCAGCAGCAGCAGGCUCAGCAAACGAACCAGCAGCCGACCGACAGUCAACAGUCGAGCCAGUUCAACCUUCAAAGCAACAUGUCCCGCAUCGCCCAGAUGCCUCCCCAGCAACAGCAGCAGCUGACCGGGAUGAUGCAGCAGCAUCAACAGCACCUGCUGAUGCAGAACCAGCAGCAGCAGCAGCAGCAGGCCCAGGGUGGCAAUCUGCAGCCGCCAACGCAGCAGCAGCAGCCCCAGCCGUUGCAAGAGCAGCAGCAGGUUCAACAACCGCCACAGCAGCAGCAGCAGCAGCAACAACAACAACAGAACCAACAACAACAGAACCAGCAGCAGCAGCAGCAGAACCAGGGCGGGUUCAAUCUGAACUUCAACUUUGCCAACGGGGGCAUGCCACCUGGCCUUUCAAGCGAGCUCAUUAACGCGGUUGCAUCCAACCCGAACGCACCGCUUACCGAGGAACAGCGACGCAUGAUGCGCUCAGCGCAAAUGCAGCAGGCGCUUCAGCAGGCCCAGGCUGGACAGGCCGCUCAGUUGCAGAACCAGGCGCAGCAGCAGCUACGGCAGGCUCAAGCGCAGACGCAAGCUCCAAGCCAGGGGCAGCAGUCAAACGCCAUGUCGAGUGGCCCUCUGCAACAGACACGGCCGAUGCAGGCGCAACAGCAGCCGACGCCCCAGCAGCCCAUCUCUACCCCACAACAGACUCAGCAGGGUCAGCAGGGUCAGCAGGGCCAGCAGGGCGGCCCAUAUCCUCAACCCCGCAACUUGACGGAGCUCAUCGCCAACAUCCGAGCCAAAGAGCAGGAACUGGAGACUGCAUUCAUGAACACAAGAAAGCAGGUGGUGGUCGUGCCGCCCGCACAAUUGGCAGAGUACCGUUCCACUCUCGAGCAGGUCGCCCGUCUAGCACAGGAGGCUCGCACAAAGAGUCCUCUGUUCAACGUCGUGUGCGCCAAUGAAGACGACAAGUACCGGUGCAACGGUCUUGUGCAGCUGUCCUCCAUUAGCUCCGCAGCCGUGCAGAAGGCCAGGUUGAAUCAACCCUGCCUCAGCUUGAAGGAACUCGACGGCGUGCGCGCCCGUCUCAAGGAGUUGCUCGAGCUGUCGAACGCCCAUCUCGAGCAGGCCAUGAAUGAGCCACGCCUGCGUAUGCGUAUGCAGAUGCUCACCAGCGAGUUGGCCAAGGCAAACGUCAACACCACCACUGGUCCCAACGCAGUGGCAACUGCCCAGGCUGCCGAGGCUGUCGCAGCUGCAGCGACCACCAACGCCCAGUCGAACCCGGUAACCACCAACACGCAGUCCAACCCUGCAACUCUGACUGGCACUCCACUCCAGCACCCUGCCAUGCUGAGCCCCGAGGUUGUCAACAACCUUAUCAAGCGACCGCUGAAGCAGGAGGACUUGAAGCCUCCUCCGUUGCCUAAAGCUCGCAAGCAGCAGCAGCAGCAGCAGCAGCAGACAGCGCAGCAGCAGGCCCCGAAGAUAGCCCCAUCACCCAAGACGGUCGAUGACAAGGCUCCUAGAACGCCCGCUACCAGCAGCGCCACUCCCGCAGCUGAGUCAUCCACCCCCGGCCCGUCAGGUAGCGCCCCCAAGAAAUCCGCGAAGCGUAAGGCUUCGACGGCCACGCCGAAGGCCACGAAGAAGUCGAAGAUCGAGGACAAGGCUGAAUCGCCUUCGGUGCCCACCCCUGCAGCUCUCGCAGCCACCCCGCAGGGCUCGACGCCAGCUGCGCCAUCAGCAUCCACACCUGCUGCCUCGGGCUUUACUGGCUCUGCCCUCAACGUCUCGCGGGCGACGCACGCAGACUACUUUGUCCAGCAGCAAAAUGGCGCCGAGGCCGAGCGCGCCAAGUACGCUCAGUUCUUCGCCUCGCGACAGGCCUCGGCGACGUUUGAUGGUGAUUUCGCCGCAGCCCUCGGCAUGUGGGAGGCCCAGCAGGCGGAAGUCUCUGCCGCACCCGCGCCUGCUGGUGUGGGCGCCCUGAACCUGGGCGAGGCAGCUGCAGUGCUGGCUGCUUCAGCACAGACCGAGGAUGCGCUCGCCGACCAGUCGUGGCACGACUUCAUCAACGAGCAAAAUUUUGACCCAGACGAGCCGACGCCUUUGCUCACUCGGUGUCGCUCGUUGGAUACGGACCCCGAGUGCAGCCCACGCGACGCCGACUUGAAUGGCCGCUCGCCACUUGUACAGAUGCACACCGGCGCAUCAGGCGGCUACGCGACCGCCCACGACAAGAUGGGACACGGGCGCCGGGUGCAUCUGAUGAGUCCCUCGGCGCAGGCAUACAACGGCAUGCUCUACGCCGACCACGAUGAUGUUACGACCAAUUUCCAAGGGUACAUGUGAUUCGCAACGUGGACAUCAAACUGCAUCGAUUGUCCUUCUCCUCCAGGCUCCUAUCCGCUCUCCAGACCCUAUCCCUGUCCCCCGCCUCCCGAUCCUCGCGCCAGUGUACCUGUGUAGUAGUUAAUGUGUACUUUGUGAGACUUUGUCGCAGCGUUGCGGCGAAGGGUGCUACUGUACUCUUAAUCUUGGUCUACAAAUAUGCGACUCUAUGGCCUGACUC